UGUUGGUCGUCCUAUAUUAUCAGUCUGUUCUCUCUUCUUCUAUAUUUUACUUAUGGACCUGACUGGAGUCACUACAUAAUGGACACAUCCCACAUGUAUUUUAUCUCAUCACCAUUCCUCUAAGGUGAUGCUCAAUAUUAUAUACACAGUUGUAAUCGUCCAUUAGUAGAUUGUGCUUCUACUUCUUUCCAUUUACUCAACAUUUUAUAUGCACACUUGUGCCUUGGAAUAUUUUUUUUGCCUGGUUUUCAACUAUCUAUUUCUCUCAUCUUGGACGUGAAUGAAUCCACCUUGAGCCAUAAGGGCCAAUCAUUGCUUUUCAAAUGCCCAGCACCUCCCAUCAUGGCCUUUAUCUUGAAGCUUCUCAGGUACGGAGGAGAAAAGAAGCGCUUAGUGGAAUGUCAGUGGCUCUGUCGGGAUACUGACCCGAAACAGAACUGGGAAAUUCUCUCUGAGCUUGGAGAUGGGGCAUUCGGAAAAGUCUACAAGGCCCAUCAUAAGGAAACACGGGAACUGGCUGCAGUCAAGAUACUUGAAAUUUCAUUUGAAGAAGCCUUGGAGGAUCACAUAUCUGAGAUUAAUAUCUUGGGGCAAUGCCAGCAUCCCAACAUCCUUAGACUCCUAGAGGCAGUUUUCUGGGAACAACAGCUCUGGAUCGUAAUGGAGUUCUGUGCUGGAGGGGCACUUGAUGGAGUUAUGCUAGAGCUGGGACAUGGCCUGACAGAGGGCCAGAUCCAGGUGGUCUGCUACCAAACUCUCCUUGGUCUCCAGCAUUUACACUCACAUAAAAUCAUCCAUAGAGACUUGAAGGCUGGAAACAUCCUGCUCACACAACAUGGAGAGAUCCGUCUGGCGGAUUUUGGUGUCUCUGCGGUGAACAGUCAGACCCUGCAGCGUCGGAGCUCUUUUAUCGGAACUCCUUACUGGAUGGCCCCUGAAGUGGUAAUGUGUGAGACAUGCAAAGAUGCCCCCUAUGACUACAAGGCUGACAUCUGGUCUCUGGGCAUUACUCUUAUUGAGCUGGCUGAAACUCAACCUCCAAACCACGAAAUGAAUCCCACUCGUGUCUUGCUCAAGAUUCUUAAGUCUCAGGCACCGAGUCUGAAGUAUCGGCAUUUGUGGUCUCAAGACUUUAAAGACUUUUUAUACAAGUGUUUACAAAGGAAUCCCCAAGAACGAUCCUCAACCAGUGCGCUUCUUGAGCACUCCUUUGUGUCCAAGGAUGUUAAUAAUGCUCCAUUAAGAGAACUUGUGGCUGAAGUUUUGGCAGAAAUUACAGAAGAAAUAGAAGAAAACGGGAAAGAUUGUGACUCAGUGAAUGAUGUUGCACGCAAUGGCCAAAGUCAAGAAGUUAUUCCCAUGGACACUCAGUCUCCUGGACGUAAUUGCUCUUUAAAAACAGAAGAUGGUCUUCAAGCCACCCAGAAAAGAAAUCCUUUAAUUAAAAACACAGACCAAAAACCACCAAUGAGAGCACAAAGAAGAACUAGUUUCUUGAAAGAGAUGCGAAGACGUUCUGCGCCUUCAUUUUCAAGAGAAGUCAGAGCAUCUGUUAAAUGGAGGGCUGACAGUGAACAGCUUGAAAUAAAAAACAGAGAACAUGUCAAGAAUCAGCACAUACCUCCAAUAGUCACUGCUGUUAACCCUCAAAACUUGAAAUUAGGAUUAUGUCAAUAUUCUGCAGUAUCGGGAGAAAACGGGGUCAGUACCAAGGUCACUGAUUUACUUGGUAAUCAUGAUAUGGAUACAGGUACAGCCUCUCUCUGCUUUGCUAAUGAAGAUUCUGAAGAGAAAGCUAAUAUAGGAUUUCAAGAGACUGCAAAAUUAGUCCCAGAAAAUCAAUGUGAUGUCAUGACUCCUUUAAAUCAAUCACAUAACAUUUGUCAAGGCUUGUUCAGCUCUCUAACACCUGCUCCUAAACAGUGGAGAAGUAAUGAAAAUCUUAGUUCUGCCAGUUCAGCCAGGAUAUUGACUAAGACAUGGUCAGUGCCAUGUACUAGUAAGAGAAACUCCACGGUUGCUUGGAUAACACUGGAAGCAGAAUUAUCCCAUGGACAAAAACAGACAAUAAAAAACUUUCACAAAACUUCACAUCUCCCUAAUGAAGGUGAUAAGCAACCAAUGUGCAUGAAGGCAAAGUCAGAAUCUAAUGAGGGUGAAGAGAAUAAGACUAAAGACCAAAGGACUUUCCAUUCUGUGAAUGAAGGACUCCAGGUCAAUUUUAAACGGGCUGUACCUCAAAAGGAGAAACAUAUUGGAUUACAUAAACAUUCACUUUCAUUUUCACAUGGAAAAAAAGCAUCAGUAAAAUGGGUUGCUACAAAGGAUGUAGUGGCGGACAACUUUAUUACAGGGCAGAAGAAGACUUCAUCUUUAGAAUUGAUUGUAAAACAUGUUGACAAGGAGAGUUUAAACACUAAUGUAGUUGAACGGGCAAAUCUACAAACUUCAGAAGAAACUAACUGUAAGAACAGUAAAGAACUUCAUACACAGCAAUAUAGCAACCACACGUCAAAAGGCUAUAAGCAAGCAUGCAUACCUAUCUCACCAAUUAUUGGUACCGCAAGUAAUAAAUAUUCUACCAUCAGAUUAGUAAGAAGAUGGACAAUAGCAGGUUCAGGCAAAGAGUUCAACUUGGAAUCACGGUUCAAUUUAACAGAAACAGCACUGAAAUAUGAAGUAAGCAAAAGGUUUAAGCAAAUAAAAACACCUUUACUACAUAAAGAAGAUGGGAAAACAUCUGAUGAAGGUAUCAUUGCUGACCAUGCCAGGGACAGAAGUAUGCCUUCAGGUGGGAGUGGUGCUCCUCAGGAACAUGGAGUCAAAAAGAGGUUGAACUCUGCCCGUUGCUCAUGGUGUGUUCAUCCUACUGAUGUCAGAGGUGAAUCCAAUAUACAGAAGGAGAAAAAUCAAGAUAUGAUAAGCAUAACGGAGGUCAUGCCUUCAACAGAUGAGUGCAAUCCCCUUUACAAGGUGCAAUUUGAAGAUUCGAAUUCAGAGGAAAAGGACAUCUAUUCCCUGGACACCGAAAGGACUAUUCGUAUCACCAGGAGAUUCAUAGUGGAUGGAAAGGAAAUGAAAGUAUCUUCAUGUAAACGCAAAGCUCAACCAAGUCAUAGAGAUAUCAAAGAGCGAACAGUGAGGCGCCAGGAGCUACAGCAGCUGAGGGUGCUGCAGAAGGAAGAGAUGAAAGCCCAGAGCCAGCUGGAGCAGCGAAUGCAAAGAGAAAGGGAGAUCAUGUUCCGACACAUUGAACAGGAGAUUAUAAGUAAAAAGCAGUAUUAUGAGAGAGAGAUCGAAACCUUGGAGAGACAGAUGGAACAGGCACGAGCAAGAAGAGAGCAGGAGCACACCAACCGCCUGCAGCAAGAUGCCCUCCGUAUCAAGGCUCAGCAUCAGAAGGAGAGGAGCAAGAGGAAAGUGGAGUUGAAGGACAAAAGGCAAGAGGAGAAAUUUCUUGUAGAGCAACAGCAGGAGCUGAACUCGGCUUUGCAGAAAGUAGUAAAUGAACAUAAAAAGAAGGUCAUGAGCAUAGAGAGAGAAAACCUCUGUAAAAUCCACAGCCUCAAAAAAGCUCGUGAAUCUGUGAUUCUCAGAUUAGAAGAGCGACAUCUACAGGAGAAAUAUCAACUUUUCCGACAUCAGGUGACUGAACAAUACGCCCUCCAGAAGCAUCAGCUGCGCAAAAGGCAUGAGAAGGAGAUGGAGAGGCUCAAACAUUAUCAGGGAAUUUUAUUGGAUGAGCUGAAGAGUCAGCAGUUGCAAGAGAAAGUCCGGAGUCAAAAAUCCCAGCGUACGGAAGCUAGAAAUCGCCAGGCAGUGUUUAAAGAGCGAAUGAAAAACCAAGGGAUGAGCGCUUCAGUACAGAAAGAACGGAACAAGCAGUUCUUGCAACAAGAAACAAUCAGACAAAAGGAAGAGUCUCAGAAAUUGCAGCAGAAGCAAGAACAAGAGCUUCAGAAGUUCAAGGAACAUCUAGAAGAGACGUGCAGGGAGCUGGUGCAGAUACAGGAAGAGAAAAUGAGAACUCUUCAUGACCAAGAAAUAAAAAAAUUACAACGGUUGGAUGCCGAACAUAGGAUGGAGUCAGAGCAGUGGCAGGAGCGUCUGCGUCUUAGUAAAGAGAACCUCGACACAGAAUUUGCUUCCAGGCAGCAGCGGAUCACAGGGACUGGAAAGCAGAAGUACAAAAGCUCGGACAGGUGCACUUCCUGGUUCUCCCCUUCUUGACAGCAGCGAACCCAAACUAUGAGGAAAAACUCAUCCCAUUCAGUUCCCUCUUGUAAAUGUUUUGUCGGUGUCAUAUAUUAAAGACUGCAUU